CGUUUAGUGGUGUCUAGCAUCCGCCAACUCGGGAUAUAUGCAUAUAUCGAGAGCUUGCCUCCCUGACCGUGCCACCCUCACCAUGGUUCGCCUGACUAUCUCGGCUCUCCUGACUGCGGCGGCAGCCUCCACGGCCGCCGCCUGCACUAUCCCCACCGUGCCGCUCCCCAACAACAUCACCCAGGGGUUCGCGGUCCAGGUACAGAGCCCGGCCUACCCCGAGGUGCACAACCGGCGCAUGAACCUCUGGUCCGCGGGCGGCGGUGACCAGCACCUGUACCUCGCCCCGGCAGGCGACGCGGCCGACGACCUGACGCUCGUCAACGGCGUGCUGACCAAGGCCACCGUCGUUCCUACCAUCCGCGCCGUGAUCAACGGAGAGUACGAGCUGGCCGACAACACGACCAAGAUGUUCAUGACGGAGCGCGGCGACCCGCGGGCCGUGUACGACGUCGUCUACAGCUGCAACCCGGACACGGACGAGCUCCAGACCGAGCUGGCGUUUAGGGCGCGCGGGUCCCUCCCCGGCGGCCACAUCUGCGUCCGGACGGCGUCUGGCGAUCGGCACGAGUUCCGCUACUCCCCUCCCGGGAACCCGGCCUGGACCCCUGCGAGGCCGUGUAUGGAGGUCAAGCUGGUCGUUAUCCCUUCUGCGUGAGUGGGUGGGCUUCGGAUGGCAGGGGCUAUUGGGGCCGAGCGAGAGGGCCAGUGAAGGAUCGAAUUAGGCAUAUUUAUCGGCUAGUGCUGUUGGUUGGGAUGACUUGGCCUUUAGUUGAAGCAAAACAUGACCCUUUUGUCCACUGCUAUGCCAGUCCGAUGGCCACGCACCUGGGUGUGCCACUGUCACCAUCGAGCGCGCGCUCACGGGUACUCCGUCUGUAACACCUGCCUAGUGUAACUAUCUCGACGGUGAGCAGGCAAGUUUGCGCAUGCCGUUGUACCUCACUAUCCCG